AUGGGCAAGCCACGGAUGAUCAUUUUGAUCCGCCAUGCUCAGUCCGAGGGAAACAAGAAUCGAGAAAUCCACCAGACCGUCCCCGAUCACCGGGUAAACCUCACGCCCGAAGGGCAUCGACAAGCCCAUGAGGCAGGUUCCAGACUACGCGAACUUCUGCGACCAGAUGAUACGCUACACUUCUUCACGUCACCCUACCGUCGAACGAGAGAGACCACGGAAGGAUUGAUGAGCUCUUUAACCUCCGAUGACCCUUCUCCGUCGCCGUUCCCGAGACACACCAUCAAGGUGUACGAAGAGCCCCGACUGCGUGAGCAGGAUUUUGGUAACUUCCAGCCAUGUUCGGCAGAGAUGGAGCGAAUGUGGUUAGAAAGAGCGGACUAUGGACACUUUUUCUACCGGAUACCUAACGGCGAGUCUGCGGCGGAUGCGUAUGACCGAGUGAGCGGAUUCAACGAGUCUCUUUGGCGGCUAUUUGGGGAGGAUGAUUUCGCUAGCGUUUGCGUAUUGGUCACCCAUGGUCUCAUGACCCGAGUAUUCCUCAUGAAGUGGUAUCACUGGAGCGUUGAAUACUUCGAAGACCUUCGCAACAUCAACCACUGUGAGUUUGUGAUUCUGAAGCUCAACCCGGACAACGGGAAGUAUGUGCUGCAGAAUAAUCUGCGCACAUGGUCUGAGAUGAAAAAGGAAAAGGAGUUGGAAAUACAUCAAGAACGAGCUUCCAAGGGACUUGGCCCUGCACCUAUUUCAUCGGAACCACCUGUUCCCGCCAGACGCAGAUGGGGUGGCUGUCCUGACGGAUGUAAUCACGGUAUUCGCAGGAGGACUUCUACACGAAACCCACGGCCAAACGGAGCAGAUGCAAUGCGUCAUGAUCAUCACGAAAUCCACAAAAAGAUUCCCGACACGAACGCCCUUGACCCAGCCCAGGAGGCUACUGCGAAAGUUGAGCAAUUAAAAGCAGCAGAACACCCUCCAGACGCGACAAACCCUGACUCCGACAAUGACAAUGACAACGGCCAUGAAAGCCACACAACCUCCAACCCCAAAUCAACCACUACCACCAACCCCGAAAACCAACGACCUAGCCUCUCACACUUCCAUCAAGACAGCGAAGACAGCCUCCUUGACCGCCAACGCCACAAUCUAGCCCUCCUCCGCCUGGGAGGCCGCGAUGGCGGCGGCUCAAUGAGCGGUUUCAACAGCCUCAACCCAUCCGAGGAUGAGCGCGAAGAACCCACCCCUCUAAAGAUCCUCCCUCGACAGAUCUCCCACCAAGCCAGACCAUCUCAGGACAUCGGAAACGACGGCGACGAUGAAGGGAGUGAAAGCAAGCCGGGACUACAACGCUUGCGUCGUGCCCGCUCGCAUAACCACCACCACCAUCACCAUCACAAUCACUUCAUUUCCAACAUCAACAAGCGCAAUUUAGCUGUGAGAAUAGGCGACACCCUCGGUGACCGGGAUCCUGAGACAGAUGACACGGAUCAUCUACCUAAUGGCCGAGAAACAUCCCUCGAGCCUGAACCGGAGCCGGAGGGAGAACCGGAAAAUACGACUACGGAUGAGCGGAUUCAAGAACAAGAGAACGAAGACGAUACCUUCGAAGCCGAGCGACGCAGGGACCAGAGUAUUCGGGGAAGUGUUUAUUGA